UAUGCUUUACAAGCUCACAUUAUUGCGAAGAUUUCGAAUGGCGGGCUUGUGCUCUCCACAGUCCACAGCUAACUUUGUAUGGCCCAAAAGUUGGUCACUUUCGCAUUUGCAAAAUUGCAUCUUCCCACAUCCAAAGAAAACCCACUCUCACUCCACUGUCCACUCGUGUCAUCUUGAUUGCUUGGCAACCAGACAUUACAAGACCCAUCUAUCUCAUCCCUUCACCUUAUCCAAAUCCUCUCCCCAAAUUACAAAAAUCGAGCCCCUCUCUUUCUCCUCCACUGCAAAACUCUGCAUACUUAUUCAGGUAAAAGAAAGCUCCAAACUUUCCUUAUUUUACUGCCAUCCCUAACCCGCCAUCAUAAACCUUACUGCUCCCUCAUUUCAUCCCAUUGCAGGCUCUCAAACAUGGCCUCGGCAGUAGCAGCAGCAGCAACUGUAACUGGCGCGGUGGUGACCAUCGGAAACUGCAACACCGCCCAACAGAAGAGAAGCACCACCAAGAUGGUCUCCGUUGGAGGGCUCAACUCCUACGGAGGGCUAAAGGCUCACAACAGCGUGGCUGCUCUGGGCCAGUCCGUUUGCGCCGAUCAGGGCUUCGCCAAGAUUGUUAGCUCCAUGAGGAAAAGCGGCGGCGGCAACGGCGGCGGUGCUCUGUCUGCUAAGUGCAGCAGAGUUGAUGAGAUCUUCCAGAUUGCUGCAAUUAUGAAUGGUCUCACCUUGGUUGGAGUCGCUAUGGGGUUCGUCCUUCUUCGAAUCGAAGCUGCCGUCGAGGAAUCGGAGUGAGGACCCCCGGUUUUCUGGGAACUCCAUUGAACUUGGCUUCUUUUUCUUAGUGUCGUUUAUAAAGUGAAUUUUUGGUGUACAAUGAAGAACAUUUGUGGUUUAAGGUAAUAAGAACCAUGAUUCCUCUCGAAGAGCUUUGUGUUUUUUUUUUUUUUUUGGUUCCACAUUAUUCUUCACAGCUUGGAGCCUUUCUAAAUGAUCAGUCUUCUUCCAUACAAGAUCCUUGAUGCGCCAUUGAAAUUUGAAAAAUGACUUUCCCAUUUUGAACCAAUUAGUAGGAUCAUCAAUGAUCAAUCCAACCUUUUUCUAUGAUCAAUUUUGAAUGUGGCACAUUAAAUUCGGCAAUUUAGA